GGGAGGCGUGUCCUGACUCAGGGGAGGAGAGGAACGUAAUACCUGUGUCAAUAGGUAACUCAUUGCUCAUGAUUUGUCAGCAUCACACCAGCAAGGAACAGCUCGUGAAGGAAAUAACUGGAGAUACGGGUGGAGGGAGCACAGAUUCAGAUUCCAACUCACCCAAAUUAAUCCAAAUCGGAUGGCUGGCAGAGAUUAUCGAUGGAAGUCACCACCACCCCCAUAUUAUGAAAAUUAUGGCUUCCAGCAGGACAAUAACAAUGCCUUCAGUCGUCAAGUCUUUCAGCCAGCUAGACCUCAUGUCUCUCCAGUACCACAUUAUAUCCCUCAAAUAUCUACAAUUCAUUCCGUGCCAGCCAUUAAUGAGAACAAGUCCCAGACAUGGUGGACUCCAAGAAGAAAAAAGAUUGCUUGUAUUGUCGCGGCUACCGGUUUGCUCUUUGUUCUGCUGAUUGUUGGCGCAGUGCUCUGCUGGUAUUUUGUAACAAUGAGUUGCCAGAUGAAAUGUGGUACUAGCGGAAGCUGUGUGCGCUCCUACCAGUGGUGUGAUGGGGUCGCCCAGUGUCCAGAUGGAGAGGAUGAAAGCUACUGUGUUCGAAUGUCUGGGCCUGAUUUCCAGCUGCAAGCCUAUAUUUCGGCAACCUCGUCCUGGCUGCCUGUGUGCAACGAGAACUGGGGUGACUCUCAGGGGAGACGCGUGUGCCAGGACAUGGGAUACAGCACUUAUGUUAAAACUGGAUCUGUGAGUGCCACAUAUGCCGCUGAGGGAUAUCUCAAGCUCAAUACCAGUGUGGUUGAUGGAAAGCUACAGAGUAGAGUUUACAGGAGCUCCUUCUGCACAUCUGGAGUGGUUACCUUACGCUGUAUAGAAUGUGGUUCCUCCACAAAGAAUGUGGGGAACAGGAUAGUGGGAGGUUCCCAGGCAUCACUGGGAGACUGGCCGUGGCAAGUGAGUCUUCAGUUCAAUGAGAGACACGUCUGUGGUGGCUCCAUAAUUACCUCCAACUAUAUACUCACAGCUGCACACUGCGUGGAGGGAAUUUAUUCAUCUCCGUACUCAUGGACGGUUUAUGUUGGAUCCCUCUACAGAAGCACUGCCGGGAUACGAUAUUCUGUGAAAUCCGUGAUUGGGCACCAGAACUAUGAUACAAAUACAAAGAACAAUGACAUUGCCCUCAUGAGGUUGAGAAGUUCCAUAAUAUUGUCCCCUACAGUCCAACCCGUGUGCCUUCCAAAUGCAGGGAUGCCUUGGGCGUCUGGACAGUCCUGUUGGACAUCUGGAUGGGGAUCCACCUAUGAAGGAGGCUCAUCAAGCUCUGUUCUGAAUGCGGCUAUGGUUCCCUUGAUUGACUCCAACACAUGCAACAGACCCGCUGUGUACAAUGGAGCCAUCACUUCCAAUAUGAUAUGUGCAGGCUACCUCAGAGGAGGCACUGACAGCUGCCAGGGGGACAGCGGAGGUCCCUUGGUCACCAAAACAAACUCCCUCUGGUGGCUCGUUGGUGACACAAGCUGGGGAACUGGUUGCGCCAAUGUGAACAAGCCUGGAGUGUACGGGAACAUUACAGAGUUUCUGCCAUGGAUAUUCCUACAGAUGCAGACCUACGGAUAAAGAAGAACCUCAGAACGGUGGAAAAAAAGAAAAGACUUUAUAUGUAUUGACCUUAGUUUUAUUAUUUUUUAAUGCUUUUCCCAGUAGAGGACAUCAGAAGAAGAACUUAUUGUAUUUUUUAAAUAGUGUUCCCUUUUUCUGUGUUUUUUCUUUUCAUUCAUGAGGAAGAUCUGCAGCUGAUCACUCAUCAGCAAUGUCACUCUUGUGCUCCUGUGCAAUGAUAGUCUAUAUUACAAUUGUACAUUGCUGCCAACACACGUUCACCCUCAACGUAUUCAAGUAUUUUGAUAUCUCUUGGUGAUGUUAUGGCUGUUCAAGCAGUCUUGCGAUUUCUCAGGGAAAGCACUGCUACUUUAUUUUUUUUAAUCGUUCACUUGUAAAUAAUUGUAAAUAUU